ACGUCACCGUGACGUCACGACAAGCGGCCCAAUAUGGCGAUAGUAUAUUGCUGAGAGUGGAUUGCUUUCGAGUGUCGAGCUGUAAGUUGCUGAUACUGUUGUUAUUUUGAUACAUCUCUUUCACCACCCCAAAGUACUUGUCCGUUACACUAUGGUGAAUAAGUGCUGUGUACCGGGCUGUACUGGCAACUACUGGACUGGGAAAAAGAUAUCUGCGUUCAGAUUUCCAAAGGAUGCUGAACUGAGGAAGAAGGGGAUGCAUGCUAUUCGACAGCAGAACUUCACUCCCUCUGAACAUUCAGUGAUUUGUCAAGAAGACUUCAGUCAGAGUGACUUGAUUCUUCAAAGCACAGCAGUUGACUGGAAAACAGGGAGAACUUUGACAUUGCCUCUAGAAAAACCAAGACUGAAAGAAAAUGCAGUGCCAUGUUUCCUGCCAAACUGUCCCAGUAUUUUAAGCUCAAGACAAGAUGUUCAACGAGAGCCCCCAAGUCAAAGAAGACAAAGGCUAGAAGCAGAUGCUCUAAGUAAAGCUAUAUUGAAAGUACAGAAACAGCUUCUGCACAAAGGGAAAAUGACAGUUUUCAAGAUUAUAGUGAAUUUUUUGGAAAAAAGGGAGACUGUUACAUUAAAUCAACAGUGGAGUAAAGGUGUGAAAGAAGACUGUAUAUUGUUCCUCUACCUUAACUUUGAGAAAACUCCACAUGAUAUUGUGUAUUUAACAGUCUGUAGAAACCUCAGUGUAAAAUUGUAUGUAAAUGGUGUUGAGAUUGUUGCUAGCACACUUCCAGAGAAAGUUUGCAGUGUAACUGAAGUAGAAAAUGUGAUUAAGGUGUGUACAGACUAUAUUAGUGGCAGGGAAAGUGAUUUACACAUGUCAGUUAUUCACUCCCUUCUUGAAGCAUUACCAGUGAAAGAAGGUAAGAGGAAGGUUGUUCCACCAUGA